UAUUAAUUGAUUAAUUAAAUAAAAGAAUAUGUCUGAAGCAGAUUAGGGUUUAAAUAGGAUGGAAUAUCAAACUUAUAAAAUCAUUAAAGAAUAAAAUGAUUAACAAAAAAUACAGUCUGAAAAAAAAAUUGCUGAAAUUUCUGAAUUGAGGAAUUACGAACUGUAAUUAUUAGGGGAAAAACAACAGAAUAUUGAGAUAUUGAGUUAAAGAGAAUAAGUCUAUAUAAUAUAUUAAUAUAGGAAAUUAAUAACUAGCAAUAAGAUAUAAAUAAUAUCAGAACCACCUAAGAUUUUGAAAUUUAUAGAUUACAAAAUUAACUAAGUUCAUUCCAAUAGAGAUAUAUAGAAUAGGAAAAAAAAAAUGACAUUUUAUUCCAUUUAGAAUAAUUCAGAAAACCAAAUAUAUAUUUUUGUGAUGUAAAGAACAUUAUAAAAUUAUAGAUUGAAAAAGGGUUGGAUAACAUUAUUUCUGUUAAGUUUGUAUUCGAAUAAAGCCUCAAGAUUGAAAAAAUAGAUGCCCAAAUUAUUAAAAAUUAAGUGGAUAUUUUUGCUUUGUUAUAGAAUAAUGAUAUUUCUCAUAUAGUAAAACACAAAGUCUAAUUGGACUCUUAGAAUAUGAUAUGUUUGGCAAAAGUAGUUUAAGGAAAUGAAGUUACAUUCUAAAUUCAAUCAGCCCCAUGAAAUAUUUAUUAUAUUUAUAAUGGAGAAG